AUUCUAUCGCGAUGAGACUGGACCUUAACAUGGUGCGAUGGUUUACGUGCCUUAGCAUUCCAUUCAGCUGUACUGGAUAAUGCUUUUUGCACCUUCAGAGCCACUCAUACCGGAUUGGUCAACUGUUAGAGCCAGACCAACUCAGCCUUCUGGUCCUCCAGAUAGGAGUUGAAGUGAAGGUGGCUGCAUAUUUCAUAAAAUGAACACUAGGUAGCCCAGUGCCAAAAUUCCGCUGCCUUGCUUUCAGAUUUCUGAACCAAAAGCUUUGGUUGAGAACUCUGAUCGUUCUCCUGUCUAGGCCUGGGCAACCUGACAUUAUCGUGGCUAUGCAGUAUGAUAAUCAACGAGGCCAUAUCUGCUGCAUUGGUUGAAUACACCGACUGAUAGGGCGACGAGCCAGCCCCAAUGGUGUUUCUAACCCCCAUCGAGUCAACGCUCUGCGUGCGCUUCUUGCAAAGGGCGGCGUUCCGGCUUCUUUUUUCUCGACAGAUUCCGCCUAUUUGGACGCAGCGUCUUCCGUUAACUUCUUCGCGAAUCGCUCGCUGUACGUCGCCUUUGUCCUCCUCAUGCUACACGCAAGAGAAAGAGAAUGUGGACAGGGCAUCACCAGACACAAUUACAGUGAACCACUUGGAUCCGAAUGAGUGGAUUCCUAUUUACAGAUUCACUGUUAUGCCAUACUUUCAGGUACUUUCUCUGAUGAAAUUCUCCGUAACCGCACUACUGUGUGUUGGGUCACCUGUCGUCCUUGGGGCGGCGUAUUACUCCUACGUAACUACCCUGUUUGCUUGCACUUUCCUUGGUUCCACGGUUCUCUCUCUGUGCUCUCUGGCUGUGUUUAGUCACUUUUCGACGAAGCUGAUCGGAGUGAUUAGCAUCCACGCCCCAUCCGGUCUCAUCCGAAUAGGCCACUUGACCUUUUGGGGUCGGCGUCGUAACACGCUGGUGCACCUAGACGAUUUGGUUCAGCCUGCAGACUUCGCCGAUUCACCCGAAACUGACCGAACUGUGCGAGUGGGAAUCCUCGGCGAAGACAAAGGGAGCCGGGUAGAGAAAACGUUUCUCCUCACACGUCUGUGCGGUCAGGUGGUUGAUCAAGAGCGUUUCCUGCAAAGUUUAGGAUUUGUAUGGGAGUAGUUUGUUGUCAUAAUAACUUCCAAUAAAAAUAUUCUCACUUCGCAUAUGGCGUUUCAUUCGUGAGUCGUGGUCAUCGAAUUCUUUUCGAACUGUAUUGGCAUAUAUGGUUGAAUAGUAGUAAAUUUGCAAAAUCGAAAUUUUUAAGCGGAUAGUUUAGUUGCCUUGUAUAUCCA